AUGACCUUCUCCGCCGACUGCUUUCUGGCUCCAAUGCAGAUCCGGAUCGCAGAUCUUAUCGACGAUGAGAAGUUGCCUGUGCAGGAGGCCCAAGCAUAUUAUGAAGCUUAUGGCCAAAGCUUCAGACUGGACGGAGAAGCCCCCUUUGGGUCCAGCGAGGAGGAGGAGGAGGAGCCACAGGCACAGCCGCCGCAGCUCCUGAAGGUUCUCCCCUCCAGGGGCUCCUUGCAGCACGGCACGGGGCUGUGCAAGCCCUGCGCCUGGUUUUGGAAACACCAGGGAUGCAAGAAUGGACUUGACUGCCUUCACUGCCACCUUUGUCCUGAAACGGAGGUCAAGGAUCGCAAGCGGCGCAAGGCGAAGCUGGGACUCCGGCCACCUCCCGGCCUCGAGUUCAGCUCGGGACAAUCCCAGAGCGACAGGAGCGACAAGAGCGACAAGAGCGACAAGAGCGACAAGAGCGACACCGACUCCGAGACGCGACGCGUGGAGCCCUCGCUGGGCGCCCUCCUCCACUCCAGCGGCCAAUGCAAGCCAUGCAUGUGGUUCUGGAAGAGCCAGGGCUGCGCCCGGGGUCAAGGCUGCCUUCACUGCCACCUGUGCCCACCGGGUGAGGUGCGCCGAAGGCGGAAGAUGCGCCGGGCGCCUGCUGCAGGUCUUCUUUCCGGUGGCCUCUGA